GGUUUUUAUCGCAGAGGGGUGGUUGUCAGUGGCAUCCUGCGCUUCUGAUAACACUGGCUAUCGCUCUCAUUCAUAGCGGACUCUUCGCGCCGAAACACUGGAUGACAAACCCAUCCGCUUGAGCUACAGUUAACCGAAAUAUUGCAAAUAUUAAUUCAGCUGGAGGAGAUGAAGUUGCGGUGGGGCUGGACGUGUCUCUUGUUACUCUGCAUCUCCAUGGCAACAUGGGCCCAGAAAGAAGAGCUGGAUGAUGAAGAGGAGGCUCAAGUGGAAGAUGGAGAUGUGGACAUAGAGGCAGACAGUGGAGAAAGCACUGAAGCAGAUGCCAAUGUGUCUUUUCAGGUAACAUACAAGACCCCAGUUCCAACAGGAGAGGUGUACUUCACUGCGACGUUUGAUGAUGAAUAUUUGAGCAGUUGGCAGGUGUCUAAAACAAUGAAAGAGGAUGCUGAUGAAGAUAUUGCAAAAUAUGAUGGUAAAUGGGAGGUUGAGCCCCUGAAGGAAAACAAGGUGCCUGGUGAUUUGGGCUUGGUGCUGAAAUCUCGUGCUAAGCACCAUGCCAUCGCGGCUCCGCUUAACAGACCGUUCGUAUUUAAGGACAAGCCCCUUAUCGUGCAGUAUGAGGUCAAUUUUCAAAACGGAAUUGACUGUGGCGGCGCUUACAUCAAGCUAUUGUCAGACUCAGAAGAUUUAGACCUGGAUCAGUUUCAUGACCGGACACCGUACAGUAUCAUGUUUGGGCCGGACAAAUGUGGAGAGGACUACAAACUGCACUUCAUCUUCAGACAUAAAAACCCCCUUAAUGGAGAUGUGGAAGAAAAACAUUCCAAACGAGCAGAUGUUGAUCUGAAGAAGAUCUACACUGAUAAAAAGACUCACCUCUAUACACUUUUUUUAAAUCCAGACAAUAGCUAUGAGAUCUUUAUAGACCAGUCCAGUGUUAGCAGGGGAAGUCUGUUGACCGAUGUCGUUCCACCUGUGAACCCUCCAAAAGAGGUUGACGAUCCCAAAGACUCCAAGCCAGAGGACUGGGAUGAGAGAGCCAAAAUCCCUGACCCAGAAGCAGUCAAACCUGAUGACUGGGAUGAGGAUGCCCCAGCUAAGGUGCCUGAUCCUGAUGCAGUGAAGCCUGAUGGUUGGUUGGAUGAUGAGCCAGAGUUUGUGUCUGAACCCACUGCAGAAAAGCCUGAUGACUGGGAUGAAGAAAUGGAUGGAGAAUGGGAGGCUCCUCAGGUGCCAAAUCCAGCAUGUUCAGCUGCUCCUGGCUGUGGUGAAUGGAAGCCGCCCAUGAUCAAUAAUCCUCAGUAUAAGGGCAAAUGGAAAGCUCCUCUCAUAGACAACCCCAACUACCAGGGUGUGUGGAGUCCACGGAAGAUUGCAAACCCUGACUACUUUGAGGAUCUUCAUCCGUUUAGCAUGGAGUCAUUCGGAGCUGUGGGUCUGGAGCUGUGGUCUAUGACUUCUGACAUUUACUUUGACAAUUUCAUCAUUGCCUCGGAAAAGGAAGUGGCGGACCGCUGGGCAGCAGACAGCUGGGGACUCAAAAAACUGGUGGCUAAUGCCAAUGAGCCUGGAGUGUUGAGUCAGUUGGCACUGGCUGCGGAAGAGAGGCCCUGGCUGUGGGUGGUUUACAUCCUUACCGUUGGUUUGCCUAUUGGACUGGCUGUGCUCUUCUGCUGGCCAAAGAAGUCAGAUGAUGACUAUGUAUACAAGAAAAUCGAUGAACCCAAAGCCGAACCAGAGGAGGUAGCAGAAGAAGAAGAAGAAGAAGAGGAGGAGGAGGAAGAGGAGGCGGAGAAAGGGGAAGAUGAAGCUAAAGCAGAGGAAGAUACUGAACCUACUGGUAAUGAGAAUGGGGAGGGGAUGGACAAGGACAUUGAAAAAGAUGGAGGAGAUACAGAGGAUGAGGACGAGGCCAGUAAGCCAAAUGACAGUCCCUCAGAGGAUGAAAUGAAGGACGCCGAUGAAGGAAUUCAGAGCACAGGAGAAGAAUCCAAAGCUGUGAGAAAGAGAAGAAUACGGAAGGACUGAAAAUCCACAUUUUCCCCACAUUUCUUCCUCCCUUCUCUCAUUCCUUUGCCUUUUUGCUGCAUGCUUUCGGCAUUAUGCCAUUUAGCAUGCAAAAAAACGGCAAAUCUAACCGCUCUCCUGAAGAGGUCAUCCUUCAUCCGACUGUACCUCGCCAACCCUCUUUCAGUCUUCCACUUAGUUCUUAUCAGUUACCGUUGGGAUUUAGAUACAAAAGUCAGACCUGCUGAGUUUUAACUCCAAGUUUUUUUUUUUUUUUUCUUUUUAGAUUAGAAUUCAAGUAGUACUGGGCCAGUGUUUCCCUACUAGUAAGUCUGAAUACUGUGAAGGGAAAUGUACAAUGAAUAUUUUAUAGAAAGUUGAUUUAGUUUAAUCACUUUCUCACUUAAUCACAUUUCAGUUUAAGUUAUUAAAAAGGGUUCAGUUCCUUGUGAGUUUUUAAGUUAUGAGCUUUCUAACAUGAUCAAAUUGCUCUGAUCGUAUUUAUUGUUUGCAUCUUGUUUGAAAAAUGAUGCAGUUGAGUUUAGGAAUAGGACUUUUUAAUCUUGCAUUCUACUGUCAUAACCACUGUUAGCAGGCUCUGGAGAAGAGCUCCGUCAAACCAGGAGCUGUCUUCACCAAACAUCUAGGUCAGUGAAGUGCUAGGAAUGCAAAUCAGUAUUGCUUUUUUAGCAUCGAAGAAAGUUGUUACACAGUCAGAGCUGAUCUCAGCUCAGCAUCAUCACCGACACUCUUAACAGCAGACCCAGACACAAGCACUCUGAAAACAGACUGACCACCAUGUAUGAAACCACUGAGCUUUGGAAGCAGACAGGUUGUUUUUCGAGUGAUGAACAGUUUUGUUUUUCUGCUUUUUUAGGUUGUAUGUUCAGCCUUACAAGGACAGCCUUUUGUUUACAUGUUUGCAAACUGUUCAUUGCUCUUGGAAAUAAAUAUUUA